AUGGUUGAGAUCAAGAACGUCGCAAUUGUCGGAGGUUCUGGUGCUCUUGGAGAGCCGAUCACAAAAGCACUCGUAGAAUCAGGGAAAUUCAACGUUACUGUUAUCAAACGCCCAAGCUCCAAAGCCAGCUUCCCAGCUUCAGUCAAAGUCGUCACAGCUGACACCUCCUCGGUUGAAUCGAUCACUGCUGCGUUCAAAGGGCAGGACGCAGUCGUAUCAACUGUUGGUAACGAAGGCCUGCAAGGGCAACACGUUCUCAUCGAUGCGGCGAUUGCAGCAGGCGUGAAGCGUUUUCUUCCUUCCGAAUUCGGUGUUGACCUUGCCAACCCCAAGGUCGCUGCCCUCCCCGUUUUUGCACACAAGAUCGCUACCCAAAAGCACCUCCAAGAAGCACUCGCCGCCAAACCCGGCUUGACAUAUACGUGUGUCUCCAAUGGCCCCUUUUUGGACUGGGGUCUUAGCAAUGGUUUCUUGCUCGACACGAAGGAGGGCAAGCCUAAGAUCUACGACGACGGCAAGACUGUUUUCAGCGCCACCACUCUAGCUUCAGUUGGUCAGGCAGUUGUUGGUAUUCUAAGUCAUUAUGAGGAGACCAAGAACAGAUUCGUCUAUGUUCGCGACAUUGACAUUUCUCAGAAGCGGCUUUUGGAAAUUGCGCAGAAAGCUGCCCCUGAGAAGAAGUGGAAGCCCGUUAAUGUCAGCACCGUGGAUGUUGAGAAGUCGUCCAAUGAGGGUUUAGCAAGGGGCGAGUUCACGUUUCCAGUUAUGGCUGGAUUUAUUCUUGUAGGGAUUUUCGGAGAGGAUUAUGGUAGUAAGUUUAAGAAAGAUGAUAACGCGCUGCUUGGAAUCACUGGGAAGACAGAGGCAGAUGUUGAGGCCAUCCUCAAGACUUCCCUAGCUGGCGGAAACUAG